AUGUCUCUGCAGCCAUGGCGGCAGCGGCGGUGGGCAGCGGCAGCAGCGGCUGGAGUCAGAGGGGUGAGGAAGGAUCUCGAGGGAUGCUAUGUGCGCAUUGGAGGCGGCAAGAGCGAGGCGAGAGGGCGAGGACGUCAGUGGUUGAGGAUUAGGAGGGGGGUGGGCAGAUGGUCAAGCAGACGUCUGGGGCGGAACAAGAUAAUCUUUACAGACGGAAAGGCAAUGCAGAGGGAGGAAGGCGAGAUGAGGUUGGGUGGAUGGUGUCGAAGAGGCGCGAAGGGCAGGGAGGCCCCGCCGGGAGAACAGGCGGGCGCGGAAAGAGGAUAA